CUGAAAACCACUUCUGUGAGAACGCACCCUGUCUAAAGAUUAUUAUCUAUCUAUCUCUUAUCUAUUUUUGUAAAUUGAUCUUUGCCACGUAACUUCGUUGUUUUUGCAAGAGGACCCAAGAGGAAAACUUCUUCUCUUGAGAGCUCGCCUAAAGAAACGAGGACCAUGAGUAUAGAUGGUGACCAGAAACGCAAUCAAGUCUUUACAGACGCUAAAAAUUAUAUCAAGCAAGCUAGUGAGAUGUUACAACGAGAAGCAGCAAGACUUCGCCACAAGCAAGAGGCGAUCGACGCCAUGUCGAAGAAGUUGGAACAUGUUCACUUUACUUCGACUAUACAGCUGAAUGUCGGCGGUCAUCGCUUCACAACAAGUCUUCAAACGCUGACCAAAGAUCCAAAUUCAAUGCUAGCAGCCAUGUUCUCAGGGAAGUUUGAGAUGAAACCUUCUGAUGACGGCGCUUUCUUUAUCGACCGAGACGAAACACACUUCCGGUUUAUACUCAAUUAUCUUCGCACUGGGAAAUUAACUCUGCCAGUAGGAGCAACAUUUCUUGACGAUCUUGCCGAGGAAGCUGAGUUCUACCAGAUUCAAGGGAUAUUGGAAGAUUUAAAGCCUAAAGCGCCGAAGAAUUUUGAAGAUUAAGUGAUAUUGACGAAUGAAGAUCACCGAAGCGUGUUAAAUGGUUGGUUGCCUCCACAAGAGGGUAAAUGGAAGCUUCUAUUCAGAGGUUCCCGAGAUGGCUUCGGGGCUCAAACGUUUCACUCCAAAUGUGACGACAAAGGGCCCACUAUCACCAUUGUGAAGAGCGGAAAUUACAUUUUUGGAGGAUUCACUGAAAAGUCAUGGAACAGUAAGUAUACUGUUUGGUAGUAACGGGGUUAAGUAACGUUCUUUUGAGUCGUUUUUGGCGACGUUAAAAUUCAAUUUCAAUUUGAAAGGUUACUACAAAAUAGAAAAGGCAGCUCUGCAAAAUAACAAGAAAGCGGAAACAGACAACGAGAAGUGAAAAGAGGGAAAAUGGUUGGCUUGGGAUUUCAGUUUCUAGAAGAUUAAAACUGUUAAGGAAAUUAAAAUGAAAUAAUAGAUCUGGUAUUGCAAAUUUCCUUCAAACUUCGCAUUACAAAUGAUAAACAUGAUGAACAAUAAGAUCUCGUUCAAAGGUGUGCUAUGGUUAACAUGUUAUUUUUAUGUUUUAGUUAAGGUAAUAGAGAACAAGUAAAACAUAUCUGUAGUUUUAUAUAUAGGAGGAGUCUCUUUAGCGUAGGAGGCUCGAUGUUGUUAG